AAUUUAGAUGCUUGCACGCAUUCCGUGUAUGAACACAAUGCUGAGACGCGCUCCUAUCCUUCUCGUCUGUCUAUUUGGGUUAGGCGCUGCUCUGCCGCCGAAACCUAUCUUGAGGAAGUUGGAUGAUCUCCGGUACCAGCAUGCGCGGGAUUCGGCAGGAAACUACCACCUUGUGGACAUGUGGAUGACCCUUGAUGACAUUAUAGAUGUUGCUCGAUUCGAUCCUUUGGCAUCCAAUGUGUACCAUCUAUUCACCAGGGACAACCCGUCAGUGAGUCAGCCCUUGCUGAUGAACAACGCGGCUCUGCUGCAGCAGACUAACUUCAGCAACGCGCGGAGGACCAUCAUACUUAUUCAUGGCUGGAGGGAUGGUGACGUUGCCUCGCCUUUUGUCACCAAUCUUGUACCUGCUUUCCUCACCGCCGAGGAUGUGAAUGUGAUCGUCGUGGACUGGAGCGCUGGCACCAGCGGUCUCUUCGCAUCUGCCAUCGACAACGCGAUUGCCUCAGGUCGCGCUGUAGCUGCGUUUAUCAACUGGCUCAACCAGGAGACGUUCUCUAGCAAUGUGCAGUACCAUAUCGUGGGGCAUGGUAUGGGCGGGCACCAGGCUGGAGUUGUUGGCAGGACUUUGGGAGGAACUGUUGCCUAUGUCACUGGUCUGGAUCCAUCUCUCGUCGGCUGGAUAAACCACCCAGACCGCUUCCAAGAAACUGAUGCCAUCUACACAGAAGUCAUCCACACUAACUGCGGAAUCAACGGCUACCUAUCCAGCUUAGCUCAAGUGGACUUCUACCCUAACGGCGGCGAAUCCAUGCCUGGCUGCAGCUCCCAUGCCUGCGACCACGAGAGAGCCAUACACUACUUCGCAGAGUCCGUGGUCAGUGAAGGCUUCACUGGAAGACAAUGCAUCAACUACUUGGCUGCACUUUUACAACAGUGUAACUUGUUGCCUCUACGUUUACAGAUGGGCGGUUUGAGGCCAAAAAUUGGAUCUACGGGUGUGUACCUGCUUGAAACGAAUGCUGCUCCCCCGUUUUCUCAAGGAUAAAAACAAAAUUGUACGGUCAAUAACCUUUUCAAAACAAAUACAAAUAAAUACGAAACCUACAA